ACGAGGAUGUCGAGUGUCAAAUACGGCAAAGGGCUCAGAGCUCGCCGCCAAGGGGCGAGGCCUCCGGGCCGCGGCGGCCUCUGGGAGUUGUAGUCCCGCCUCAACCUGUGGUGGCCUCUUUAAAAAAACAAAAAACAAACAAAGAAAAAACACUGGCGCUUAGGUCCGUCGCUGCCUCGGUGUCCCUGUCGGGCUUCCCAGCAGCGGCCUAGUGGAAAAGUAAAAGAUGUCUGAAUAUAUUCGGGUAACCGAAGAUGAGAACGAUGAGUCCAUUGAAAUACCAUCGGAAGACGAUGGGACGGUGCUGCUGUCCACGGUUACAGCCCAGUUUCCAGGGGCGUGUGGGCUUCGCUGCAGGAAUCCGGUGUCUCAAUGUAUGAGAGGUGUCCGGCUGGUAGAAGGAAUUCUGCAUGCCCCCGAUGCUGGCUGGAGAAAUCUGGUGUAUGUUGUCAACUAUCCGAAAGAUGAACAGAUAGCGCGGUCUCUUUGUGGAGAGGACUCGAUGAAAGGAAUCAGCGUUCACAUAUCCAAUGCCGAACCCAAGCGCAAUAGCAAUAGACAGAAAGAAGUGGAAGAUUUGGUGGUAAUCCACGUGGCUUUGGGAAUCAGGGUGGAUUUGGUAAGCGUAGAGGCGGUGGAGCUGGUUUGGGAAACAAUCAAGGUAGGAAUAUGGGUGGUGGGAUAAACUUUGGUGCGUUCAGCAUUAAUCCAGCCAUGAUGGCUGCCCCCCAGGCAGUGCUGCAGAGCAGUUGGUGUACGACGGGUGUGUUAGCCAGCCAGCGAAGCAGCCAGGCCCAUCGGAUGAUAACCAAAGCCAAGGCAACAUGCAGAGGGAGCCAAACCAGGCCUUCGGUUCUGGAAAUAACUCUUAUAGUGGUUCUAAUUUUGGUGCAGCAAUUGGUUGGGGAUCAGCAUCCAAUGCAGGGUUGGGCAGUGGUUUUAAUGGCGGCUUUGGCUCAAGCAUGGAUUCUAAGUCUUCUGGCUGGGAACGUAGACAGUGGGGUUGUGGUUGGUUGGUAUAGAAUGGUCGGAAUUCAAAUUUUUCUAAACUCAUGGUAGGUAUAUUGUAAAAUACAUAUGUACUAAGAAUUUUCAAAAUUGGUUUCUUCAGUGUGGAGUAUAUUCAGCAGUAUUUUUGACAUUUUUCUUUAGAAAAAGGAACAGCUAAAGGAAUUUUAUAAGUUUUGUUACAUGAAAGGUUGAAAUAUUGAGUGGUUGAAAGUGAACUGCUGUUUGCCUGAUUGGUAAACCAACACACUACAAUUGAUAUCAGAAGGUUUCUCCUGUAAUAUUUUAUCCCUGGACUUGUCAAGUGAAUUCUUUGCAUGUUCAAAAUGGAAGCCAUGAAUUAGAACUACAUUCUUUAUUCCUUGUUUUAAUUUGAACCCCACCAUAUGGAUUUUUUUCCUUAAGAAAAUCUCCUUUUAGAAGAUCAUGGUGUCACAGUUUGGUUCUUUUGUUUUGUUUUUUAACACUUGUCUCCCCUCAAAUACAAAAGUACAAUAUGAAGCCUUCAUUUAAUCUCUGCAGUUCAUCUCAUUUCAAACGUUUAUGGAAGAAGCACUUGAUUGAAAGUAGUGCUGUAAAUAUUCUGCCAUAGGAACACUUCUGUCUACAUGCCUUCUCAUUCAAGAAUUCGUCAUCACGCAUCACAGGCCGCGUCUUUGACGGUGGGUGGCCCAUUUUUAUCCGCUACUCUUUAUUUCAUGGAGUCUUAUCAAUGCUGUGAACGCAAGGCUGUGAUAUGGAACCAGAAGGCUGUUUGAACUUUUGAAACCUUGUGCGGGAUUGACGGUGGUGCUGAGGCAUGAAAGGCUAGUAUGAGUGAGAAAAGGAGAGAGCAUGUGCAGAGACUUGGUGCCUAACGGAUAUUUUUUAACUUGGCGAGAUGUGUUUCUCAAUCCUGCGGCUUUGGUGACAGUGUGCAGACAGCAAUGAUAGCAAAUAAUGUACGAAUGUUUUUUGCAUUCAAAGGACAUCCACAUCUGUUGGAAGACUUUGAGUUUUUGUUCUUAGAUAACCCACUUUAUUUGAACGUGUUAAGUGAAAUGAUACUUGUACUCCCCCUACCCCUUUGUCAACUGCUGUGAAUGCUGUAUGGUGUGUGUUCUCUUCUGUUACUAAUAUGUAAGUGUGGCAAUGUGAACUGAAGCUGGUGGGCUGAGAACAUGGACUGAGCUUGUGGUGUGCUUUGCAGGAGGACUUGGAAGCAGAGUUCAGCAGUGAACUCUGGUGUCUCAAAGAAGGGUAGAAGUUCUAAUGUCUGUUAGCUACCCAUAAGAAUGCUGUUUGCUGCAGUUCUGUGUCCUGUGCUUGGAUGCUUUUUAUAAGAGUUGUCAUUGUUGGAAAUUCUUAAAUAAAACUGAUUUAAAAAAAAAAAACCAAAA